AUGGUGGCCGAAACCAAGCUAUAUGAUGCCUUGAGCAUCAAACCCGAUGCUACACAAGACGAAAUUAAGAAGGCUUAUCGCAAGGCAGCCUUGAAAUAUCACCCUGACAAGAAUAAAGACAAUCCCGAGGCGGCUGAAAAGUUCAAAGAGGUCUCACAGGCCUACGAAGUUCUGUCCGACCCCGAGAAGCGCCAGGUGUACAACCAAUACGGUCUUGAGUAUCUCCUCCGCGGCGGUCCUCCGCCCUCACCGGGUGGUGGUGGAGGCGGCCCUGGCGCUGGCCCUGGUGGCAUGCCUGGAGGAUUCAAUUUUGGCGGCAUGCCCGGCGGUGGUGGUAGCCGAACAUUCCACUUCUCAACCGGUGGCGGUGGCGCCGAUGGGUUCAGCUUCAGUAAUGCAGACGACAUCUUCCGCGAGUUCGCCAAAGGUGGCACCGGCGGUGGCAAGGGUGGCUUUGAUGAUGAUGACCUAUUCUCGAUGUUGAAUGGCGGCCUGGGUGGCGGCGGAUUCCGCCGCCCUAAGGGAGGAUUCCCGCAGAAGAAGCGCGCUCCUACGCCUGAACCUACCAUCAUCGAGAAGGACCUACCUGUCUCCCUCGAGGAGCUCUUCCAUGGCGCCACUAAGAAGGUAAAGACUCGGAGCAAGACCUUCGAUUCCAGUGGCAAGCUCAGUUCCCGCGAAGUUAUCUUAGAAGCCAAGAUCAAGCCAGGUCUGCGCAGUGGAUCAAAGAUCAAGUACAAGAACUUUGGCGACUCAGAGGAAGGUGGUCACCAGGAUAUGCAUCUGAUUGUAAAGGAGCAAAAACAUGAAAUUUUCACACGCUCCGGCGACAAUCUCAUUGUCAACGUCGAUCUCACCUUGAAGGAGGCCUUAACCGGCUGGGAACGAAUCGUUCAGACUAUCGAUGGAAAAUCCAUUCGGGUUUCCAAGCCCGGCCCAACACAACCCGGCCACCAGGAACACUACCCCGGCCUCGGCAUGGUGAUCUCCUCGAAGCCCGGCGAACGAGGCGAUCUCGUUGUCCACGUUAAUGUCAAGUUCCCUACCACUCUUCCACCUGCCACCAAAGACAUUCUGCGGGACGUAUUGCCCUAA